UUAAUUCUAAGCUACCUUAAUAAUUAGGUUUCAUAUAUUUCAUCAUUUCUAAAAUCAACCCUAACAUCAAUUGCCGCCUUGGUUUUCCAGAAUCACCAAUCUAAGAUCGUGAUAGGACACACUCAUCAUCAUCAUCAUCAUCAUGUCGUUGUUUGCGAAGGAAGAUUCGAUUCAAAUCCGUGAGGUGUGUAGGGAAAAUCUAGAAUCAGAGAUGUGUCUGAUUCGAGCAGCGGUGGAUGAUUUCCCGUUCGUCGGAAUGGUGUGUAGACCAGUCGUCAGCGAUUUUCCAGAAAUCGUGUUAGGAACUUUCAAUACCCUAACCGAGUACAACUACGAAACCCUAAAAACGAACGUCAACAAUAUUGUCGAAAUGCUUCAGCUCGGACUCACUCUCUCCGACGAGAAUGGAAACCUCCCAACUUGUGAGACUGACAAAUACUGUACCUGGCAGUUCAAUAUCCGCAACGUCGCUGAAAACAACCAAACCGGUAUAGAUCCCGAAGAAUUCGCCAACCUUAUGAUGUCCUCUGGGACUGUGUUGAACGAAAGCGUCCACUGGGUUACAUUCCACGGCGGAUACGAUGUCGGGUACUUGCUCAAGCUCCUCACUAAUCAGAAUCUUCCAGAGACGCAAUCGGGAUUCUUUGAGAUGAUCAGUUUGUAUUUCCCUAGAGUUUACGACGUCAAACACUUGAUGAAGUUCUGCAACGAUGCUUAUGGAGAUCUCAACUAUUUGGCUGAGCUGCUCGAUGUGGAGAGAGUUGGGAUUUCUCACCAGGCCGGAUCAGACAGCUUGUUGACGUCCUGUACAUUCAGAAAGCUGCAGGAGGUUUUCUUCAUUGGUUCUAUUGAGAAAUAUUCUGGUGUUUUGUUUGGAUUAGGUGUUGUCACCAAUGGUUAGUUUUCAUGGAAGACACAAAUUGAGUGUGUUUGUGUGUGUCUGUGUGCUAUGUUUGCUUCUUCGUUAUAUGUAUUUAAUUACAACGCUUUGCUUGAAUGUUGUAUGUAUUGGCUACAACACCCAAAUGUUGGAAGGUUGAACUUGAUUGGGUUUUGAGUAUUACCGUUUUGGUAUGUCACUUAAUUAAUGUUAUCUAUUAAUUCGACUCA